GUGACUGCUGUUUAUGAUGUUGCAGUUAAUAGGAGAUCGAUGUGGCGAGCCUAACCCUCACAUUUUAACAGUCCCGCCCAACUCACCACACACAUGCUCAGAUCUGGAGGCGGGAAGGAAAUUAGCUGAGCACAAACCACUUGACACAUCAGAGUAGAUCUGUCAUUUGACACUUGCCGCUGUGUGUCCUGUAGACUCGUGUUUGACUGAAAAACAAUACUAAAACUCGACUUCUUCAGAUACAUUUGAGAGAAAAGCUGAGCAAAAUGGGAGCAUCUUCUUCUGGUAUGCUGGAUGAGGCCAAAAUAAACCACAUUAAAGGGCUGGUUGAUGCAGCGUUUAAAAGCUUCAGUGAAUUCUAUCGGCAGCAGUACUCUGUGGCUUACCUUGGACAUUUGCAGCAGGAGAUGGAGCCCAAGAAAGAAGGGAGGGGCUUGUUGCUAAAGACCAGGCCUCACUGUGAUCCAGAGGAGGUGCUGUACCAAGGGAGUGUGCGGUUCUCCUGCUGGGAUGAGCAGGGUAAGAAGUGUAAAGAGAGGUACAUUGUCCUGAGAAGAGACUACAAAGUGGAAAUACAUGACAGCAUGGAGACUUUCAAGCGUGGUUCCACACCCAAGGAGGUCAUUCAGCCAGCCGGGGCUGCGGUGUUCACCACAGAGGAGGAGUCAAGGGCUCAGUUAGAGAAAACCUGCGCUGGAAUACUGAACGGAGUAAAGGAGGAUUCAUCGUCAGUGGUUUCAUCUCCAGAUACAUUUGCUGUAUACCUCCAUCUGCCUUAUAAAGGCUACACCUGCUUCCUGUUUCAACAAGAUGGGGAACGAGAUCACUUCCUGUCUGUCCUCAAGACCUGCAUCCGUCACCAAAACCUUGACUCUUGGCACAGGACAUCUCAUGAAGGUCAGGCUUUUGCUCGAGCCUUCCGCCUGUACCGACAGGAUAAGGGAUGCUAUGAAUCCUGGGAAAAGCUUCUGGGCACAGAGGAACAAGUACUCACCUCACAGGUGAUGGAGGAGGUGUUGCCAUGGUUACAGAGUCAACUGAAUUCCAAAUUGAAGGGGAAGAAGAUCGAGAGAAUUCGACAGUGGUUGGCAACAGUGCAGGCAGCCUACAUGCUGGUGCUGGAUCAGCUGACUGCAGGUCUGGAGGCUCUAAGGAAGGAGUGUCAAGAGACUGCCUCAUCCAGUCAGGCUCUAAUCAGAUCUAACCUGGACCAGAUCAUGUCUUCUCGCAGCUUCCUGGAGGAAAAAGUUCGAGCAUGCAUAUGUGAAGAGGCGGAGAAAGUGUGCAGCGAGUCUGUAGCUCCGUUCUUGUCCUCCAUCCUGGAGGUGAUGUCAGAGAAUAUAGGCGCGGGGAUUCUAGGAAUGCAGGAGACACUCCACACGCAGAUGGAUUCUGACUUUUCCCUCACAAAUGGAGGGAUGGAGAAGACAAAGCAAAUUUCUUCCAGGUUGCACUCCAUCAGUUUGGAGCAAAGCUACAGGAAGGUGGAGAGCCUGGCAGAGAAACUUGAAGACCUAAAAGAUCGCUUUGGAUUGAGAAAUGCUCAGAGACUGGUUCACUCUGCACAGCUGGAGAUGGAGCAGCUGCUGGACAGUGCUGUGUACACCUUGGAGCAGUUCCUGCAGUCAUCAACAAGACUGCAAGCCACUCAUGUUCCUGUGAAGAUGGAUCGAGCUAAAGAAAGAGUAUUCAAGCAGCUGGAUUAUGACAGCCGAGUGGUCCAGAGGAGAAUCUAUGAAGAAGCUCUGCUGGAGAUCACUCUUCCUGCUCUCACCAGGAGGAUGGACAGCAGGUGGAAAACUGAGCUCCAGCAGUUCGAGCAGUACAUCUUCUCCGACUACAGCAGCUUUAUCGUAGUUCACAACGUUUAUGAUGACGUUCUGAGAAACCUCCUCUUUAAGGAGACAGAGACAGUGGUCCAGGAUGCUGCAAGUAAGAAGAGCAACAAUCUGCUCCUGGACACUUCCGAUUUGGCCAUUAGUCAGUACAGUCUGCUGGGACAGACUGUGUCCGACAGCCCCACCAUGGACGCUCGGCACUCCAUCUCAUCCGGGCCGGGAGACGAUCAUAAACAAACUCCAGUGGAAGGUGGAGAUGAAUCCGCUGACGUUUGCUCUCAGAGUGAUGCAGACCUGAAGGUCAACACCAAAUCAGAGUCCAGCACAUGUCCAUUAUCAGAGCAGAGUGAUGCAACCACGUAUCCUCUGAUCGUCGUGACACAACAGCUCGAUCACGGUGGAAGUGAGGAUGUUUCUCCCUGUGAGGAAGCCAGAGAUGGAGACAAGAUUGAAAGUGAAAAGAUUUCAGCGACAGCUGAGACUUCAGGUUGUGAUGGAGCCGUGACAUGUGACUCACAGGAUCCACCAGCUGAUCUGGGAUCCAACGUCAAAGAGUCAGCAGACACUUCUGCUCUGGACUCUCCUCAGCUGAUGCAUGUUCAACCGGAAUCUUCUGAAAGCGAGCUUCCAGAAAUGCGUGAAGAUCCACCAACACCUGAACUCCUAAACUCAGAUCAAGUAUCAGAGGAGGCCUCUGACACCCAACCUCCUUCACCGCCACAAGCAUCUGGAACAGACAGUCCAACAAAAAUUAGUCUCGGGUCUCUAAGUGAAGCUAUCGCUCCGUCCACCAUUCAAUCUGAGGUUCAGCAGGUCCAGCAGACCACAGACAGAGCUGUUUAUUUAACAGGACAAAUAAAAGUCACCUGGGAGUUGGAGAAACAAAAAGGAGAGGAAGAGAAUGAGACGAUCAAAGAGAGGAAAGAGGUUGAGACGGAUGACGGACAGGAGGACCUCGCAGGAGAUGCUGCUCUGACAGCAGAGCUCACAGACACCUCAAACACAGAGCAGACAAAGACCGAAGAAAUUCAGAGUGAAGACACAAAGAAGGAGGGGGAAAAAGAAGACGAAGAGAACACAGCCGAAGAGGAAGAUGUAGGGGAAGUAAAGGACGAAACAAUGCCUUCCAAAAGUUCCCAACCUGAAGAACUACAGUCAGAGAGUCCUGUGGAGCUGCCACUGGACAGCAUAGCCAUCAUCAGAGAACUGGUGACGGAGAUCACAGAGGUGGAGACUGUAAUCAACCCCCCUGUCCCAGCAGGAGAGGGGUCUGACGUUACCACCUCCACACCGGCAUCAGACCCCGACCAGCUUUAAAAAUGACAGCAGCUUCAUAUCAAUGGUACAGAAAGGUGAAGGAGGAGGAGCAAGUUCAAGAAGCAAAACUUUAAAAACCCACUCCAAUGAAAAUAUUGUUUUUUUUGGUAUUUUUAAACUUGUUCUUGAAGCAUUUUUCUCAUGAUGGAGAAUAUAAAUUAAAAUAAU